AUGUUGGUAGGAUUUCUCCUAGUUUUUGUGGUAACACAGGCCAACUGCGCACCAGAGCUGACCAGAGCGGGCUGCAAGACGUGUAGCCCCGACGGCCAGACCUGCACGGCAUGCACCAACGAUUCUCACAACGUACAGGUCGACGGGAAGAGCUGCGAUGCCAACUGCCCGGAGCACUCCGCGGCGAACGGCCAGAAGGUGUGCGAGUGCGAGGGAGGAUACGGCCCGGUCACCGGAGAGAACAGGUGCGAGCCUUCUAAUACCAACAAGAGUAGCGGUCUUUCUACCGGCGCUAUUGCAGGCAUCGCUGUUGCAGCCGUCAUUGUCGUCGGAGGCCUCGUUGGCUUCCUCUGCUGGUGGUUCCUCUGCCGGGGCAAAGCGUAG